AUGUUCAAGGUAGGGUCAGUCCUUGUUCCAAAAGAGAAUAUUGCUAUAGGAGAACAGCAGAGUCAAUCUGAUACCAUUGGAAAGAGCCUCCUUCCAUCCUCAGAUGUUAUUAAGCAUAAUAAGAUUGCCUUAGGGAGGAAACUGUGUAAGUUUAAAUCUAAGAAGCCACUCAAUUAUCAUUCAGACCUUUUUCAGUUCCGGAGAAUCCAUCCUGGAGAGAAACCUCUUAAAUGUAGUCACUGUGGGAAAGCCUUUGGAAGCAGAUCGUGUCUUAUUGCACAUCAGAGAAUCCAUACUGGAGAGAAGCCCUUUGAGUGUACAGAAUGUGGGAAAGCCUACAGGCGUAAGGCACAUCUUACUCAACACCAAAGAAUCCAUACUGGAGAGAAGCCCUAUAAGUGUAAUGACUGUGGGAAAGCUUUCAGCAUUGAUUCGUACCUCAUUAAACACCAGAGAAUCCAUACUGGAGAGAAGCCCUAUAAAUGUAAUCAGUGUGGGAAAGUCUUUAGCCAGAAAGGUCACCUUAAUCAACACUUGAGAAUUCAUACUGGAGAGAAACCCUAUGAAUGUAAUGAAUGUGGGAAAACUUUUGGUCAGUCUAGACACCUUAGUGAACAUAAACGAACUCAUAGUCAAGAGAAACCCUUUGAAUGCAAUGAAUGUGGGAAACUCUUUAGACAACUGAGAAACCUGAGUGAACAUCAGAGGAUUCACACUGGAGAAAAACCCUAUAAAUGUAAUGAAUGUGGAAAGGCGUUCAGUAACAAUUAUGUCCUUAUUCAGCAUGAAAGAAUUCAUACAGGAGAGAAACCUUAUAUAUGUAAUGAAUGUGGGAAAGCCUUCAGUCGUGGGACAUACCUUAUGAAACACAAGAGAAUUCACACCGGAGAGAUACCCUAUAAAUGUAAUGACUGUGGGAAAGAAUUCACUGACAAAGCAUCUUUUAUUUACCAUCAGAGAAUUCAUACUGGAGAGAAACUUCACAAGUGUAUUGAAUGUGGGAAAACGUUCAGCCAAAAAGGAAGUCUCAAAAUGCAUAAGAUGAUUCAUACUGGAGAAAAACCAUUUGAAUGUCGUGAAUGUGGGAAAACUUUCAGAAAUGGGGGUCACUUGAGUGUACAUAAAAGAAUUCAUACUGGAGAGAAACCCUUUGUAUGUAAUGAAUGUGGGAAGGCUUUCAGAGAUAGUGGAGGUCUUAUUAUUCAUCAGCGAGUCCACACUGGAGAGAAGCCCUAUAAAUGUAAUAUUUGUGGGAAAGCUUUCAGUUACAAUACAUCCUACAGUAAACAUCUAAGGACUCACACAGGAGAGAAGCCCUAUAAAUGUAAUCAAUGUGCAAAAGCUUUUACUCAGAGGGACUACCUCAUUGAACAUGAAAGAAUCCAUACUGGAGAGAAACCUUUUAAAUGUAACGAAUGUGGAAGAGCCUUCAGGCAGAAACAAACUUAUAAUGCACAUAAGAAAAUUCAUACUAGAAAGCUUUUAAAUAUAAUUAAUGUGGGAAAACUUUCAGCUAGAGGGAAUACAUUAUAG